AUGUCCACACAAAGUGGGUAUAGCUCUAUACCGGCAAUCGAUCCAGACGACGCUCAACAAACACAGCAAGGAGAGCAACGGCCAUCAACACUGAUCAAUCGCAUCAAACAAUUCAAUUAUAAAGCUUAUGCAAGAAAGCAUCAUUUGCCUGUCGUUGUACUCUCAGCCAUUCUCUUUUUCAUCCUGUUACUCGUUGGACUAGCUACAUGGCUACCCGAUAGCAAGCACAAAAGGACCACGUACCCAAUUGAAGCACCCAUUACACCUGGUAUCUCCUCGUCUGCCUUCCAGCAAGGGUUGGCAAAAUGCCAGCUGAUUCGCCUUGGCAACAGAGUGCCUAGUGUCAACCCAGAAAAGCGAACAUCCAACCCGCGUGCACCUCAGAAUGGCCAGCCUAUUGUUCUUCGAAAUGCCGUUGUUUGGGAUGGACAGGGCGAGAUUUUGGAUCAUGUCGAUAUUUUAUUGAGCAAUGGUGUGAUAUCUCAGGUGAAACAGAAUAUCCAGGCACCCGUCUCCGCAAAAAUUAUCGACGUUGGAGGACACAUUGUAUCUCCUGGUAUCGUUGAUAUGCACACCCAUAUAGGUGUUAUGUCAUGGCCAGAUUUGUCGGGUACAUUAGACACGAACGAAAAGACAGACCCCAUUACACCUUUUGUGAGGACAUUGGAUGCAUUCAAUCCGUCUGACAGGGCGAUUCGGAUUGUUGCAUCAGGCGGUAUCACUACAGCGCUUGUUCUACCUGGCUCUGGAAAUAUCAUUGGCGGUGAAGCAUUUGCAUUCAAAUUGAGGCCAAUGGACACCCUGAGCAAUCAAGACAUGUUGGUACAGAAUGGCAUUGAUGAGGAAACGGAGCAGAAGUGGCGCUACAUGAAGAUGGCUUGUGGUGAAAACCCCAAGAGCUAUGGCAGAGCUGGUCGAAUGCCUUCUACAAGACUAGGAGAGGCAUAUUUGCUUCGUCAAGCAUUGGCCAAUGCAAAGAAACUCGUUGAAGCGCAGGAAGACUGGUGUUCUGCAGCAGAAAGCUUGUCGUCUGCAGAAAACGAUAUCCACCUUGAUAGCCAUUUCCCUGAAGACAUCAAAUUGGAAUCACUGACAGCAUUACUGCGAGGUCAGGUCAAACUCAACAUCCACUGCUAUGAAACCCACGAUAUCGAGGCCAUGUUGCGACAUGCAGAGGAAUUCAAUUUCAACAUCAGUGCCUUUCACCACGCUUUGGAGGCCUACAAGAUACCCGAGAUUCUGAAACGUGCACACAACAACAUUACUAUUGCCACCUUUGCGGACCACUGGGGUUACAAGAAAGAAGCCUAUGGUGCAUCACCCAGAGCACCCAAGUAUCUGUAUGAAGCUGGCAUUCCUGUCGCAUUGAAAAGCGAUCAUCCUGUUCUCAAUUCUCAGCACAUGGCAUUUGAAGCAGCCAAAGCGACACACUAUGGACUACCGCCUCAAGAAGCAUUCAAAUCCAUCACAUCUGUUCCUGCAAAUGCGCUUGGUUUAGGUCAUCGCGUGGGCUCAUUGCGAGUAGGGUAUGAUGCUGAUGUUGUUAUUUGGGACAAAAGUCCUUUGGCUCUUGGAGCAGCACCACUUCAAGUAUUUGUGGAUGGCGUGCCUCUGUUUGAUGAAAACCCAAUUACGCCAGUCAAAAAAGACACUCAUCAGAGUGCAUUCGUGCAACAAAAAGUAUCACAGCUUCCAAGAGAAGGCCUCAAGGACUUUGUUCUGACCAAUGUGGGAUCCAAUUUUGUGAGUCAAUCCAAGACAGUGCUUGUGCAAGAUGGAAAGAUUGUUUGCUCGACAAAAGAGGAGGGUUUUCAAUCAAUAUGGAUGCGAGAUGACCUAGAGACAAUCGACGUGCAAGGUGGUUAUGUGCUGCCUGGCUUGAUUGCUGUGGGAUCAAAAUUAGGCAUGGUCGAGAUCCCCACAGAAGGCUCAACCGGCGAUGGUGUUGUUCCAUCCUCAUUCACGCAAAACCCAAAGUCAUCUGUUGAGGCAGUAGAUGGGCUCAAGCUGGGAACAAGAAAACUAGAAGAAGCUUACAAAGGAGGCGUUUUGACGACCAUCAGCUUUCCCAUUUCGAGAAACAUUGUUGUUGGUGUAAGCACUGCUUUCAGAACCAAUGCUGACUCAAUUCUUUCCAAUGGAGCCAUCAUGUCAUCUGCAGCUGCUCUUCAUUUUCAAAUUGGACACUCUGCUAAAUCAGACAGCUUUCCCACUGUAUCGUCCCAGAUUGCAUUCUUGCGUCAGAUAUUCACAGACAACAUCCAUGCCAACAAUCGCUAUGGUGAAGCUGCUCGUGGUGAACUCCCUUUGAUCAUCAUGGUAAACAACAAGGACGAAAUAGCAUCGAUUAUUCAGUUAAAGGAGAAGGUGAUUCCCAAGGCACGUCUGGCUAUCAUGGGAGGUGCAGAGGCUCACUUACUUGCUCCACAUCUUGCAGCGGCUAAUAUAGCUGUCAUUUUAAGACCGUAUUUGUGUACGCCUGAAAACUUUGACUCGAGCCAUUGCUUGACGGGUGCGCCACUGACGAAUGGAACAGCUGCACACAUUUUACAUUAUCAUGGAGUCAAAAUUGGCCUGGGUGUGUCGUAUGAUGGCUGGGCUCGCAACUUGGCAUGGGAUGCUGGUUGGUUAGCUGCCACAUCCCCAUCAGAGGAACUGAAAAUCACAGAGAUCGACGCCAUCAAGUUUGUUACAACCAAUCUCCAAGAGAUCUUUGGACUCAAGGAACAAGAAGGAAAUGAAGAAGAGCAGCUAUUAAGCAGUGAUUUUGUAUUGUGGUCUGGCAGUCCAAUGGACAUGCAAAGCCGACCACUGUUUGUUCAUACACAAGAGAAUGGCAUUCAGUAUGUCUAA